AUGCAGCUAGAAGGUUAUUUCGUUGGCGUCUCGGCCUCUCCNGGGGGGAGUGCCGUUUGGGCAUGUGGACGGCGCAGAACCACUUAUUUCAAUCCUUCUCUGUUGUUUUCCUUUACUGGUUCUUCAUUCUGUUUUUGUGCCGACUACAAGGACGUCAAGGGUGCCGAUUCAAUAGGAAGGCGUAAGACAAGGAUAAUCGCAAUAGACGCACUGUCCCAAUGUAUCGUGGAUGGAAAAUACCAACAAGCUAUAGGAAUCGCCAUAGAAUGCAGAAGACUAGAUAAACUCGAGGAAGCAAUUACAAGGAGUGAUAAUGCUCAUGCAACUAUUAGUUAUUGCAUUGAUAUCUCUCACUCCUUUGUUAAUCGAAGGGAAUAUCGGCGUGACGUUAGCUCUUUAGAGGACUAG